UUUUGUUUUUAACAAAAAUGCAAGCAAUUCAAAGCCCCGCUGACAGUUUAUUUAACAUUUUAUCCCGCUGACUCAGCCGAAGGCUAUGAAGAUACAAUUUUAUCUGCUACCUGUGCUCAGAUACUUUUUUUUUACUCAUCCAUCAACCGCAAAAUGCGAUGAACUGUGAGCCAUUGUUGUAGAUGCUGCUGUGUGGCUGUUGUACCUGCAAUUUCAGCCCAUGUUGCUGAUGUAGCUGCAAUUGUUGCUGCCGCUGCGUGACAAUGAUUGCACAAUGAAAUCAAUUGUUAUAAUGGAAUUAGCGUGCACGAGGCCGAACACAGCCGUGAAUUGUCAGCCAGAAAGAGAGAGCGGGUAAAAAAGAAGGAAAAAUUGUGGCGGGGAAAGUGGGGCCCAAAGCGCCCCGAGAUAUCAUUCCUAUUUAAGUGCCGGCCACUUAACACCGUCGAAAUAAAUCGAAUCGAGCCAAGCGGACCCGAGAUGCUCACCAGACAGCCCGACUACACCAUCUCCGAACUGGGCCAUCCCAUCCACCAGUGGCCGGAUUCGACCAUGUGCGAGUCCCUCAAGAAACUGGACUACGCAAAGUUGCCAAGCUCCCCGCCUUCACCCCAUCGCCUCCUGCCGCUGAGGAAAACCCUGGACGAUUGCUUCAAGCGGUUGACGACGAGGAGCAGAGAAGAUUUAGAAGAUGAUCCCAUAUACCAGCAGAAACAGCGGAAGAAUCAGUGGAACGAGCAGCAGCGAAAGCGCAGCAAUCAAAAAUGUCGAGAUAAAGGCGAGUCCCGAACAACAACAACAAUGACGACUACGAUAGCGACGACUUGCGAUCUGAACAAUUUCUGAGAUUGGAACGAGGGGAAAGAAUUCUUAUGGGGGAGCCAACCUAAGCGGACUGAUUAAAUGUGCUAAAAUAAAACACCUUUUGCCUAGAACAUUAAGUACAUAAAAUGUUAAGUAAAGAAAAAACCUAUAA